AUGCAGAAUAUCAUUUCGGCGUUGAGUGAUCUGGUUGCAACUAAUUCGAUCGUUACACAACAGUCUCCAGUAACAUUACAAGAGCGACAAAUGGCGGAACAUCUUGCCGAUACUGUUAAAUUUAUGAGUAGUGGACAAAAAGUUGAUUACGUUGAAGAAACAACUUUGGAUUUCGGUCGUUAUACCGACGAUGAAGACAGUGAAGAGGAGGAAGAAUUCAUGGUGAACGAGAAAGAAAGUGAAGAAAUGGAUGAAGAUUGGCACGACAAAGAGUUAGCUUUGGAAAAAUAUAAUUUAAAAAGCUUUUCAGAAGAGUUUAUGCGUCACGUUAUCGAUUUCGUUGAUCACGCAGGACCAGGAAGUAGACAUGGCAGAUCUUGGAAAGCCAUUCAUCACCGAUUUCGAACAAUCCCAGACAAAAGUUAUAUUUCACGUUUUCGAAAAUAUUUGGAACAUCAUGGGACGAAGCGACAAAAGACUCAAGAUCUGGAUAGUUUGGUUUAUAAAAAGUUCGUUGAUGCCAGACAAAAGAAUCUCGUUGUUCAUGAUUUGGAUAUCCAGCGAUGGGGUUUAAAAAUAGCUAAAGAAGUAAAGUUCGACGACUUUCAUGCGUCUCAUGGUUGA